AUGAAAGGAAUAAUUUUUGCUCUGUGGUUGCUGCCCCUUUCAGAGUGUCUUAAAAGAAUUCCACUGAAGAGAUACAAGUCUAUCAAGCAAACAAUGAAAGAGAAAGGGAUCUUGACAGAUUUCUGGGAGCAUAACAAGCUUGAUAUGGUACAAUGGGGCCAAUCCCAGGAGUGCUCGAAACUACAAGCUUCAGCGGAGCCCCUUCUCAACUACAUGAAUGCUCAAUAUGCAGGAGCAAUUUCUAUUGGCACACCUCCUCAGAACUUUACGGUCAUAUUUGAUACUGGAUCAUCCAACCUCUGGGUGCCUUCAGUUUAUUGCUACAGUGCAGCCUGCAAUCAGCAUCAGAAAUUUAUCCCAGAAGAUUCAUCAACUUAUGAGAGGAUUGGUCGUCCUUUCUCAAUCCAUUAUGGUACCGGCAGCCUCUCUGGAGUACUUGGAGAAGACACGGUGGAUAUUGAAGGUCUCUCUGUGGUGGACCAGGUGUUUGGUGAAAGUGUGACAGAGCCAGGCACCACAUUUCAGCACUCCCCGUUCGAUGGCAUCCUUGGACUGGCCUACCCAUCCAUCGCUGUAGCAGAUGCCACCCCUGUAUUUGACAACAUGAUGGCUCAAAACCUGGUGGAACUGCCCCUGUUCUCUGUGUUCCUGUCCAGGAAUCCAAAUAAUGAGAUGGGCAGCGAAAUCAUUUUUGGUGGAAUUGAUACUUCUCAUUUCGUUGGGGAACUCAACUGGAUUCCCGUGACCCAGCAAGGAUACUGGCAAAUCCAGUUAGAUGGUGUGCAAGUUGGAGGCAACUUUGUAGCCUGUCAAGAUGGAUGCAAAGCCAUUGUGGACACGGGGACAUCCCUCCUCAGUGGCCCGACCACGAGUAUCAAUGUGAUACAGAGCAGUAUUGGGGCAAUGGCCAGUGGUGAAGGAGAGUCUGCCAUCAAUUGCAACAGUUUAUCCAGUAUGCCUGAUGUGACCUUCAUAAUAGGAGGUGUCGGAUAUGUUCUUCCUCCUGAGGCCUACGUACUUCAGCAGGAUGCUUGGGGACAGGUUUUUUGCAGCAGUGGAUUCCAAGGCAUGGAUAUUCCUCCCCCCGCUGGACCGCUGUGGAUCCUUGGAGACGUCUUCAUUGGAUAUUAUUACGCUGUGUUUGACAGAGGGAAUAACAGAGUGGGAUUGGCUAGAUCUGUCCCGUAA